UCUGCAGUACUUUCUUCUGAGAAAGUUCAGCUCUUCAUCAUCUACAGAAGCUCCUCAGACUCCUCCUGCGCUGACAGCCAUGGUUCUCAGUGGAACUCUGAGAGUGGUCCUGCUCUGUCUUCUCUCUCUCUGUCUGAGAGGGGCUGAAGCUCAGCUGGUGAACCAGAACAAUCUGGCUCACAUCAUCAGUCACAUUCAGACCCAGUACAAUCCAGGUGGAAACAGACCAAAUAAUAGAAACCCUCAGUUCGCAGUGGCCAUCAACAUCCCACGUCAACUCUGUACUCAACGCUUCAAUUUUCAGGAAUUUCUGGCGGCUCUUAACAAUGAUCAGCCAAAUAAUGUGAGAAAUAACUUGAGACGUAAUGGAAUCUAUAAUGGGCGACGGAUGAUUGGUGCAACGCUCAUAGAAGAUCCCAACAACAUUGACCCAAAUACAAAUCGACACCCCUUCUUCCACUCUGAGUACCUUCUGCUGAUUAAUUCUAAUCCAUUAGGGGUUCCUCCCAAUGUUCCACUCAUGCAGGACCUCCUGAACAGAGACCCACAGGGCUGUGUGAUCUUCUACACCUAUAACUCCCCCUGUACAAGAACCUGCUUAAACAGGUACAGACCCCGUAACAUUCUCACUGCCCUCAACAUGAUUAGACUCCGCCAAGGCCCAAAAGCUUUCGUCUACAACAGGGUAUUUCAAAGAGAUCAAGGGAACCCUCAACUGGGCGCAAGCCUUAGAAGAAUAGAGGGAAACAAUAAUAAUAACAGAUUUCUCUACCGCUGUAACCAAAAUCCACAACAACAUCAACACUACACGUGUCGGCUUUGCUUCAAUGGAGCCACAGCAGAUCCAAACUGCCUGAACUAAAGUUCACAAUCUGAUGGAUGAUCACUGUGUGUGAAAUCCUGCUGUGCUUAAACUCUGUCGCUCACUCACUGAGAGAGAGUCACUCUUCUGCUCUUCUUCCUGCUCUCAUUGGUCUCUGAUCACUGAUCAUUACCAAUAAAUGAACUCAGCAAACUGCAUUGA